ACACUGAUCGUGUGCUUGUCUCACUCUGUUUACCUAAAUGUCAGCCUGAAACAGCUGAGUUCAUUUACCCUUCCUCUAGUCCGACUGAACUGCUCCAAACUAAUCAGAAAACUGUGGAAGAAGCAUGACCAGUGGUUUCUGUGUGUGUGUCCUGCUUUCCCUCCUUCGUGUGUCACGGAGUGUGGAAAUGAGAGGGCCAUACGGCAGUUUCACCUCCCCUGGAUUCCCCCAGCCAUACCCAGACAGCCAGCACGUUGAGUGGAACGUAAGCGUCCCACACGGCCAUCGGAUUAAACUCUACUUCACCCACUUCAGCGUGGAGCCCUCUAACCAGUGUGAAUAUGACUAUAUUCAGGUUUUGGCUGAAGGGAAUGACACCUUGCGGUUCUGUGGAGAGGAAGAGAAAGACUAUGAAAGCAGCCCCAGGAACACCAUCAUCAUGUCAGCUGGGAACUUCAUGUCAGUGGUCUUUAGGAGUGACUACUCUAACGAGGGCCGAUUCACCGGCUUCCAAGCGUUUUACACCUCAGAAGACAUCAACGAGUGUUUGUCCACGGCAGACGGGGAGAAAGUGUGCGAUCAUUUUUGCCACAACUACAUCGGGGGUUAUUACUGCACAUGCAAGCAAGGAUACAUUCUCCAUGACAACAAAAGAUCCUGCACGGUGCCGUGCCAAAACCAGGAGUUUAGGUCUGCAUCUGGAGUUCUGACCAGUCCAGGCUAUCCAAACCCAUACCCACCCAUGAGCAUGUGUGACCACACCAUCACCCUGCCAGAAGGAUCCAGAAUAGUUCUGGACUUCCUGGUUCCGUUUGACAUUGAGGGACACCCAGGUGUCCCCUGUCCGUAUGAUAUGUUGAAGAUUUCCACAGCUGGACAAGAGUACGGACCCUUCUGCGGUGCAACGCCGCCAAGUCGCAUCGAUACAGGAAGUUACCAGGUGCACGUCUCGUUCAGAUCGGACUGGAGUGGGAAAAACAAAGGAUGGAAGAUCAAGUACACAAGCACAAAGUCCCUUUCUUUAUCUUAAGACUACUCAGGUGUGUCAGAUUUCUGUGUUGAAACUCUGACAUGAACUACUUGUUAAAAUUGCUUUAAUUUGCAUUUUACAUUUUAUUUGUCCCUAGCAAAUACCGUUUUAAAUAACAUCACAAUUAAAUGAAUAAAAAAUUAUUUGUCUUCCGUGACACUAAAGUACAAUUAAAACACAUCUAUUAUGAAAAAUAUUGUUUGUCUUAAAAUGUUCAAAAAACUGAAUCUGACCAGUUGUUCUGCUGUAUUUUUGCUGAAGGCUAAUUUAUAAGCCAAAGUAGAUUAUUUUGAAAGUCAGUCAGCCUGGUUUAUCACACAAAAGGGAUUUAACCUUCAUGUUAUGACCUUUUUGUCACUUUCCAGGCUGCAGAAAUUAAAUUUACUUUUCUUUUUUUCAAAUCUGUGGUUGAGCAUUCUUUCUAUGUCCUGUUAGGAAAUGGGGAAGAAAAGUAUGAAUAUUUCUUUAAAAUAAUCUCACUGGACAUUUUUUAUCUGUUUAAAGUGACAGUGUGUAGUUUUUACCAUUAAUCUCUCUAAAGUCCAUCAAAAUGUUGUUGAAAAUAAGAAUUAAAUGAUGCCCAAUGAU